AUGGCAUCACUAGAACUGAUACAGGAGAAAUACAACAAAGAGAACAUUCAUUUUAAAAAAACUUUUGAUGAUGUCCCUCGGUAUGCCAAUAAUGAUUACAAUGAAUAUGAUGAUGACUAUAAGCAAUGGAUGGGAGAGGAUCACCCACUUCGAUCAUAUCCAACUGCAUGUUGUCCAGGACUAUGGCAAUCAGUGAAAGCUCUAAAGUUUGGACAAGCGUUCCGACUGGUGUGUGUGGUGGUCAUCUUUCUAAUCAUCACUGUCCAAUUCCUUGCUCUCCUACCUACAUUUUUCGCAUAUAUGCUGCCCAAAGAAGGCACAGCAGAUAACCGACUACCUGUUCUGCAGUGGCCUUCUGGAUUCAGCACCAACCGACCCGGUCACUGUCUCUCAUACAACCCCCACAGCCGCGGUGCUGCUCAGUCCAGUUGCAUGGGCGUCAAAGUGGAUCUCUGGCUCCAUGGUACAGAUCUCCUUGUGGGAAGCUCCGUUACAGACCUUAACAUGAAGUACACACUGCGAAGCCUGUAUUUUGACCCUCUUCAAAAAGAACUAGAUGCGAAGCGCAGUGCGCUCAAGGACUCCCAAUCCCAACCCAGGCUGUUUGGAGACUCUACCCAAAGCUUUGUUCUGGUGCUUGAGUUCAAAACAUGGCAGCACGCUGCGCUUUCUGAGUUAGACUCUGAUCUGUAUGGGCUACGACAAAGUGGUUACCUGACCUGGAUGAAUGGGUCUGAGGUGAUUCCAGGACGAGUGACUGUGGUGGUCACAGGUCAGAGAGAACACUAUCUUCGGUCUGGUCACGACGCAGAAUAUAAUGAGAUAUUCUUUGACACCUUGCUGGAUGAGCUUACAAUGAAGGACUAUGACCCUUGGAAGCUCACUCACCGGGAUCCCCCCAAGUCCAACACGUCCUCCACCAACAUCUUAAAGCCCAAUAAGGGCCUCUCCACUGGGGCUCCCUCCUCAACCAUCUACAGUGCCACAGCCACCUUCAGUGAAUCCGUUGGGUUCCCACGACAGGGCCGAUUCUCGCCGCAGCAGAUCGCCCUUAUUCGGGCUCAGGUGCAGGCGGCCCACCGACGCGGUCUUUGGGUGCGAUACGAAGGAGUCCCACAAGGUCAGGGGCGGCUCAGCGACUAUAUUUGGCGGACUCUGGUUCGGGAGGGAGUGGAUAUGAUUGACGUAGAUUGGCAGGCGGCAUACCAUCGGGCCUGGUGGCAGCGGUGGUUCACGAAUCAUCUGGCCAGUGACUAA